GGGGCGAUGGAGGCGGCGCGCGUCCUCGAGUGGAUCUUCGCCUUCUACUUCCUCACUCACAGCCCGAUCACUUUACUCUUCGAUUUGCAGCCGUUGCUGCCUGGAGUUUACCCUUCCGCCCUGUCCGAUAUGAUGACCUGGUACACAACUACUUUCAAGGAUUCAAUAGUGGCAAGCCGAGAACCCUGGUCCAUGUCUUUCCUUUGCUUCGAAGCUUUUCCACAACUGUUUUUCUUUCCUGUGGCUGCUUACGCCUUCUGGAAAGGGAACUGCAAGUGGAUCCGGAUUCCUGUAAUUAUCUACGCAACGCACGUAAUCACAACGAUGUCUGCCUGCCUGGCUCACAUUCUGUUUACUGAUUUCUCCAACGCCAAAGUCCCGGCUCCACAGACCCUGCAGGAACGCCUGACCCUGUCUGUUGUCUACGCUCCUUUCUUAGCAACUUCCCUUGUGAUGCUGCUUUUUGUAUUGUUCAGCUCUGCUUAUAAGCCAGUUGAAAAAAAAAAGAAUAAAUAAAACCUUUGGCCCUUCUCCUUUGGGAAGGAAAAUGUG